CAAGGAGCCACCAACAAGGUCCUAUCCACAAGGAGCCAUAAACAAGGUCCUAUCCACAAGGAGCCAUAAACAAGGUCCUAUCCACAAGGAGCCAUCAACAAAACGUCACACAUCCCCCAAAAUGACGAAGGCACCGGUGUGGCAGAUGGUGAUUGUGGCAGUGGCGCUGGGAGGCCCCUUGGCUACUCCCAGCCUCCUAGGAGGUCCCAGCUCAGAUCACAGUCCUAUAAGAGGCUCCAGGUCAGCUUACAAUCCCCUAGGACUGCUUAGGUCGCAGCCGGAGUCCCUAGCCGAGCUGAGAGAACGGUUGUCUGGUAGCUCCGGAGCCAGCCCUCUGCUGAGAAUGGUGUUAGGUGAACGACCCCUUACUGAUACCGCGAGUACCAUCCCAGGCGCCACCGGGUACCCGUCGGCGAGCACUCCCAGCGGUAUGGAUGCUGGUACUCUGGCAGCUUCUCCACUGGGAGACGAACCGCCUGCAGAUACCAGUCCCGGUUCGACCUCCAGUCUGUACUCCUCCACGAACGCGAGUGAUGACGCAACUGUGGCAGGUAUGGUGAUGACCGAGGCGUCACCUCCGGUCACCAGCUCCGGCACCGCUGUCCGCUAUCUCUCCACUAGUGUUAACGUCACUGGAGCUUCGCCAGGCUUUUUAGUGGAUAAACAAUCCCGUCUAGUUUCCAGUCCCGUGGCGUCCAAGAUCCUGCACCUCACCACUAGCACUCCCAGUGCCACGGAGGGUGUUGGAACUCUGCAAGAACUGGUAUUGGAUAAAGAAUCGUCAUCGAGGGUGAGAUCUGAUACGCCAAGCACACGACACCCAUCCGCCAGCAACGAGACUGUUAUUGGCUCUCUGAUCAACUUAGUACUGGGUGAGGAACCAGUCUCAGACACGAGCCCCGGUGUGGCAGCCUCCACCAGGAGCCCCUCAUCCACUCACAACAUUUAUUUCAACAAAGCCACCACUCAGAACAGCGUCUUGGGAAGCCUGUUUGAGAUAGGUGUAGGCGACAUCAAAAACCCAGGUUCGAUAUCCAAGAAAAAUAAUAAACAAAAGCUGGAUCUCAAGAAACUGGCACCACUUAGCGACAUUAUCAAGGAACUCAACAACAUGACCUUACUGCCGCUGGUGCCAAUGGGAGGAGCAUCUCAGGCGUCGGAAAACGACGUUGGCGAUAAAGUUCCUCUGAUGCAGUACCUCAACGGCCUGAGGGGAGACGCUUGGGCACAGUUCAAGUCUCUGGCUCUCGGUUACUCGAACUGGCUGGAUCACGAGUACGAAAUCCAGCACAUGACGGAGAAGCUGCCGCUGGAUCUCAUCAAGAAGGUGCUCGACCUCGGCGACAAGGUGAAUUUUCUCCACGUGGUCGGGAAGAGAGUUGACCCGGGCCUUGCGGGGUACAUAGCGGACCAGCUUCAACCUCUCUUUGACCACUUCGAGGCUCUGACAGCUGGCAGAUUGCUGGACGGGAGCCUCUCGGCCAGUGUCGGCGGCAUCGUAAGAAAUGCGGCGUGGAAAGCCAUGCACCAGUUCGUCGGACAUGUGCUGAAGGUCGCCGGGAACAUCGUCACCAGAGAUGAACUUGAACAGUUCAAGGACGACCUGGCCAAGACGAGUCCCUUGGCAGCCAGAGGCCUCGAACUGAUACUUAACGGCCCGUCGUCGCUGCCGUUGUCGGGACGCCCAGAAGCCGUCGAAGGUCGUUCCAUGAUGAACAGGAAUGGAUACAGUGACCAGAACGACGGCUACAGCAGGGAUGGGGCGACGUACGGUAGCCAGGGUGCCUACGACGAGUCCUUCUCAUCCUACGGCGCCCCUUCCUACGGGUCCGCAGGAGGCAUUGGGGGCUAUUCCGCAAUGGGCUACACCUCGAAGGUGCACCUCGACCCUUAUCUCAUCCUAGGGGGUCUUGGUGCUGCUGUGCUCCUCGCUUAUCUCGCCUACCGCGUCCUGGUGACGACCGAGGGGAUGAGACGCAGCCACAACGACCUAACAUUCAUGGACCUGUCAGACAUGCCGGGUGUCGUUCACUCCAUCUACACCAUGCUCGAGGGCGCUGACGACAAGUACAGAUCCAGGAGGUCGUCCUCUUCACUUAUAGACGACUCGGACGACCUGGCCCAGGAGCUCAACUCGCUGUGGACGGAACAUGAAAACGUUUCCGGCUGUGUGAGGUGUUUGCUCUUCAAAUCCACCGUGGAACACACCGUCCCCGGCCACAGCUCGUUCCAGGGACUCGUUGUGGCGAGUGUGGCCCACUUGCUGGGGGCGGAGAGGUCAGGUCAGCUGGUGGACGAGGUCACUAGCCUCAUUCUGGAGGGCACACCGGUCACCUGCGAGCGAGAGGCCAACAGCUGCGUCCUCAAGUGACCUAUAAUAACACCUGUUGCCUCAAGAGACAUCUCCCCUGAUGUCAGCCUUGACGUCUCCCCUGAUGUCUCCCUCCCACGCUGAUCUCUCUAUCGAUUCUCGAGUCUCAAAUUUAAAGUGAUACAACGUCACGUAUUUUUAUAAUAGUUCUCACAACUCUCGAGAACGUAGUCACACUAUACAGGUCACCCGCUGGUGUGUCCGUAACAACCAGGUCUGUGUUAUAGCUGAGAGACACCCGACUGGUAACGUUCAGGAUGUAAGUCAUCUCUCAAGUGAAUGUACACAGGCUACUCGCUGCUAAAUAUCAUGCAAUGAUUUGGUUUGGAGUUGGGAUUAAGGUUUAUUACCCUCUGGAGGGUUAUUAAGGCCACCACAUUUUGUUACUGAGCAACCAACAAGAAUACAUUGGUCUUAAACAUAGUCCAGGCCUAAAAUGAACUCUCAAUGUUAAUUAACCGAAAAGUGAGCUAAAGUGAGUGAGAAAAGUGAGUUUUUUUCAUUCCUUGCUGAGUAACGGACUAAAUAUCACUCAUAUCCAGGAAGUAAGAAUUUAGUGUUAAGUUAAAGAGGUUUAGCUUGACGACAUUUUGUAACAGAAUUUUCUAGUUUAUUUGGCAUGUGUACUCACUGUUCAGUUUGUUGUUGUUAAAGAUUCGCUACUUGGAACAAAAAGCUUCAAGCAGCACAGC